GUAUAUUCUUUUUCAAUUUUUGUAGCCGUGAAAGUGAAACAUUUCUUCUUAGUUAUAAACCCUAGUUAAACCCUUUCUUCUUCAUCCAUCUUACUUCACCACAAAAGAAAUGGUGAGCAAAGCUAUCUGUUUGAAGCUUCUCCGAUCAACAACUUAUCGCCGAUGUUUCUCAACAGAAACGGCGGUGGCGGAGACCGUAUCAACGCCGUCCAUCAGCCAAAGAAAACGAAUAAGCGACGGUCGCCGGAAAUUGUCGGACCUUAUCAAUAGAGCAGACUCUGAAUCUAACUUCAAAGAUGCUUUAAACAAAUUGGAUAACGAAGGGGAAUCCAUACAAAAGCUAGACAUUAUUGGCUGUAUCAACAAUCUCCGUAGAACCGAUAGGUUUGAUCUUGCCCUUCAGCUGUCUGAAUGGAUGGAAAGCAGCAAAAUUAUGAUCAGCAAUGGUGAUCGGGCAAUACGGAUACACCUUCUUGCCAACACAAAGGGAACAGAUUCAGCCGAAAUGUAUUUUGACAGCCUGCAAGAAUCUGAAAAAACUAGUAAGACCUAUGGAGCACUUCUCAGCUCUUAUUGCAGGCAGAAAAUGUUUGAUAAAGUGUCAAAGCUUUUUGAGAAGAUGAAGGAGCUUAAUUUUACAUCUACUUUAAAUUAUAACAAUGUGAUAUCUCUUCAUUUAAGAAAUGGCCAGCCUGAAAAAGUCUCUGCACUGGUUCAAGAAAUGGAGCAGAGAAAUAUUGCAGUUGAUAUGUUCACCUAUAAUCAGUUGAUGAACAGUUAUGCUUUAGUGAAGGAUAUAGUAUCAGUUGAGGCUGUUGUUGAAAAGAUGGAAAAGCAUCAGGUAAAGUUUGACUGGCUCACAUAUGGAAACCUAGCUGGGAUAUAUAUCAAUACCGGCUACCUUGAUAAGGCGAAUGAUAUUCUCCAAAAGAUGGAGAAAAUGAAAGAUAUGCAUGACCGUGAAGCUUUCCAUACCUUAAUCACAUUAUAUCAGAAAACAUCUAAUCCAUCAGGAGUCAAUCGCUCAUGGGAAUUACUAAAGUCAGUUUUCCCAACUCCCAGCAAGUUUAGCUAUCUCAUCGUGCUUUUGGCUCUAUCCAAACUGGGGGACUCGGAAACCCUUGAGAAACGUUUUAGAGAAUGGGAGUCAGGUUGUAAAUUCUAUGACAUCAGAGUUUCAAAUGUGAUGAUGGAGUCCUAUCUUGACAGAAAUAUGAUCGAAGAAGCAAAUUUGCUUUAUCAGAAUGUGUUGAAACAAGGCGUUGAACCCAACUUAAGGACUUACGAUGCAUUCACAAAUUUCUAUAUAAAAAAUUCGCAGAUAGACUUUGCUCUGAAGUAUUUGGAGAUGGGUGCCAGCAAGGCAAAUCCUAAGAAAAAAGUUUGGUUUCCUAAGGAUGAAUCCAUCAAGAUGUUUCUAGCUUAUUUUGAGGACGACAAUAAUGACCCUGUUAGAGUUGAGAAGUUCUGCGAGAUUAUGAAGAAGAUUAAUCGCCUCGAUUCCAGUGUUUAUGACUCUCUUCUACGCCCAAACUCUGCAGCCUCUGAAGUGGAACUAUGAACACCUUCAUGGUCUUGAGGAAAACAUGAGAGGCUCAUUGCUCAAAGUUUCUCAACCCAGUCCAAGUGGUAUGGAAUCUGUCGAUCUCGCUCUACACUUCCAUGUUGCUAUUUUUAAUGCUCUUUGUACUUUACAUUAUUGAAGAACUAUACUGAUUUACCAAGAGAGUUAUGUCAGCUCACUAAUAUUUCUCGCCCA